UAAUUUCUAUCGCCCUCCCAGAGCCGUGGUGCUAUGACUCUGAACUAUCCCUUGACCUCAGCACUUCCUCUGUCUGCCGUCUCCUUGACGAUGACCCCGAUGCCUCGCCCCAGAUGCCAGACAUCCAGGUGACCCCGCCCGGUCGGGGGAGUGGCAGAGGAUCCCGGCAGACCCCACAGUAUGAGCGUGAGCUGUGUGACAUGAUGGACAAUCUGACAGACGGCUGCACCACACAGGAGGACACCAGGCUUCUAAAGGCCAAAGAACCUGUAAAGCCAGCAGAAAAGCCGGUUAAAAUCCAUCCCAACAACAGGAAGGUCCUGUUCACCGCUACUGGGAACCUGCCGCGGUCGCCCCUGACAACCAGGAACGACGAGAACCCACGCGUUCUCGUGCAACAGAAGCAGAUGGCGCGGCUGGGGCUGACCAAAACCGUACAGCGCCCGAUCAGGCUAACAUCCAAGUACGAACUCUUCUCCGACAAGGAAAAUGUGGAAAUUGAGUAAAGGGACACAUGUAUGAUAGAUCAUGUUUUCGUUUUGGUGUAACUUGUUCACGUAGAAUGGUGACUGGUAAACAGACAUUUUCACACACAAACAUGUAUGUGGUGUUUAAUACAUUAGCCUGCCACUUGGUGCUAUAAACAGCAGACAAAGUAACAUUCUUAACACUGUUCCUUUUUUGUACAUAGAUGUAAAUAAUUACACUUCGACACACACACACAUCUAAGGUUGGCUGUAGAACAAUUGAUUAGCCUAAUGAUCAGUCUUGUUGAUUGGUUGUUUUCAUGCUUUAGGAACAACUUGUAUUGGAAAAAGAACUUCAAGACAUUUAGCUUUCAAAACAAUUAUGCACACAGUAUUUCAAAGUAGAUGUUAGUUUUCUCAUUACAAGUUUGUAGGACAUUGAAAGAUCUUCUAUUCAAAAAUGGUUUAUUACAACAUGUACUAAUGAUGUAUUUUAAAACAAGUACCAGCAUAUCAUUGAUGACACAGAGUAAAUUCAUGCAAAUAAAGCUUCAAGGAGGUCUUCUGCUCAGAUAUAGACCACAUUGGUUAGUACAGUAGAAGCUUAUGAUCAUAUAGAUAUCAUCAAUGCUUUUGAAAUAAGUAUGCACAUGCACAAUCACUGCACUAGAAUAAUGUGAUAUUUAUAUGGGUGACAGAUUACCUAUAUCAAAUUACUUCCACAUAAAACUAAAAGGAGGUUUAUUUUUCAGCUUUAAUUAAACAUCUGUGGACAAAAAUGUAUAGUGUAUAUUACACCUUUUUAUUCUUUAUGGCAGUCAUUUUUCCAUACCUCUGACAGUGGUGUUUGUGGUCUUACAAUCUAGUGAAAUAGUACAUAUUAUACCAUUUAAGUGUGAUACAUGAUAUAUCAUUGUGAUCACUCCUUAAUGAGCUUUUUAUUAUUUUAUGAUAACCCUUUUAUGUUAAAAUACAUGAUGAGGGGCUUACGGGUGAUAUUUCUGAUAACUGAUGUACAUUAACAUGCAAGAGCCGUAUGUUAUGGCUGUAACUUGUUGGAGUCAAAUUUACUAUAUUGUAAUAAACUAAUUUUUAUGAAACUAAGAUGUUUAUGAGUGCUCUAGUUGUGUAGAUGAACAAUGUUGAUUUAGAAUAAAACAAAAUAAUUUCACU